AUGGAAAUGGAAGCUUUUGAUUGGGGUUCUGGCAUUUAUGGAGAUACCCCUGAGAGAAUACCAGAUGGUUUUCAAGUAAACAAUACUGUAAUUGGAAAUGGGUAUGGUUCAUCUUUAUCUAUGGUUUUGGAUAGGGACAGAGGGGAGCUUGUGAAGGCACCUUCCAAAUUGGAACCAAAGAGUGUGUCCACCGAGAGAAGCAUUGAAGCUUUGAAGAGCCAUAAAGAGGCAGAGAGGAGGAGGAGGGCAAGGAUUAAUUCACAUCUUGAUACACUUCGCAGUGUAAUUCCAGGUGCUAAGAAGAUGGACAAAGCGUCAUUACUUGGUGAGGUUAUUAGACAUUUGAAAGAGCUGAAAAUGAAUGCAGCACAAUCUUGUGAAGGUUUGGUGAUACCAAAGGACAAUGAUGAAAUAAGUGUUGAAGAACACGAGGGUGGAUUGAAUGGUUUUCCUUAUUCAAUUAGAGCAUCUCUAUGUUGUGAAUAUAAACCCGGGUUAUUGUCAAAUAUAAGACAAGAACUAGAUGCUCUUCAUCUAAUGAUAAUGAGGGCAGAUAUUGCAACCCUUGGAGGCAGAAUGAAGAAUGUAUUUGUGAUAAUUAGCUGCAAAGAACAGAACUUUGAAGAUGCUGUAUCCCGUCAGUUUCUUGCUGGCUCUGUUCAUCAAGCUCUUAGGUCUGUACUCAGUAGAUUUUCUGUUUCACAGGACAUCUUAGGAACCAGAAAAAGAAGGAGGAUUUCUAUAUUCAGUUCGUCAUCUUUAGAAGAUUUGUUGUAA